UUCAAUCGAUAAACUGGAAAUUGCGAAAUCAAUUUACAUCCGCCAAUAACGUUCAUUGGAAGUAUGGAAGCGAUGUUUUCAUUGGUCACGACGUUACUUCCCGUUUCAAACAAAACCCGCCAGUUCCCGUUUAUGCUAGCGCCAGUAAAAAAAGUUAAUGUAACAAAAGCUUCAACUUGACAACAUCAACUAGUUUCGCUCAAGAUAGUGCUUCAGAGAAUGCUUCAGACAUUUUUUGCACUCAAAGUUGGUGCAGUUUGCAGAUAGUUGAUUAGGGCUACUCUUGGAAAGAAUUUGUUAGCUGUUAGCUACCGUCGUUUUUAUUCCUUUGAUUUGGACAGCAGUUGGCUAGCCAGCUAUGCCAAAGCAAGGGCUUGCUAGACACAAGGUGAUAUCCUCUGGAAGACUAACUGGAGGUGGGAGGGGCCAGGGCUCAAAGAAGAGGGGAGCAGGGCGUCCACUAGUAACUUCUACUGAGCCGGCCUAUUCCCUCUACUCCACCGACUCAGAGAACCAGGUGACAAUCAUUCACAAGGGUCUGGAUCGGUGUGCUACACUGCUCAAUGGCAUUCUCCAGGCAGAGACAGCAGAGGCCAAGCCAAUCUCCGUCAGGGGAACAGGGAAGACUCGAGCCGCCAGAUCCCGACCGCUGUGUACUCUGGGAAAGGAGAGAGUGGACGCAGAGAGGAGGAAGCAGACAAAGAGACCUGUCACUCAGACCGCUAAAAAAACAGCUCCCGUGCAGAAGACGAUCCUAUCAUCCCUGUCGUAUCCUGGGAUGAGGAACAAUAUUCAGAGUUCAGCCGGAACGUCAGAACCGGGGUCAGACGCUCGUUUUAACUGUCGCCUGACCACCUCCACCCCCACCCUGAGUCCCCAAAGACUCCCCCCUAACAACACACUAUCGACACUACCCCCAGGCCCCUCACUCCCUCUAGCCCAGCCUGGAGGCUCCAUCUCUGGGGUGGCAUCAGUCCACCUGGGGGGCUCUACCUCCACAGCUCCGUUAGCUGCUCCUGGAGCUGUAGCUACACCUCCACCCACAGGCCCAGUCCUCUCUCUCCUCGCAGCCCAACCAGGAGGCUUCAUCUCUGGGGUUGGAGGUCCGGCUGCCCAGGGGAGAUCCAGGUCCUGUAGUCUGCACCUUGGUGCUCUCUCUGUGGAGAGGCUAGCCCUGUCUGCCCCCCUGCCCUCUGACAUCUCUGUGUCUGGAGAAAGUGGACAUCCAAUCUCUUAUUCCUGCUCUCGCCUCGUCAGGGAACACCAGUACUCUUCUCUGAAAUUCAUCCUCACCCCCAGCCUCAGUCCCAACCUCACUCUCACCCCCAGCCUCAGUCCCAACCUCACCCCCAGCCUGAGCCCCAAUCUCACCCCCUUGCCAACAGUCAACCCCAGUCUGCCCCAGAUGCUCCAUCCCUGGGCAGGGGGGGUCAGCUGGAUUCUACCCAGGAUGGAGAGGCCUUAGCCAGGGA